AUGACUUUUUGGUUCGGCUCUUUUUUGCUCCUGCUGCCUCUCCAGAUUUCAGCGCAGUAUCACGGAGACAGCGGGAUCGUGAUCCCGGAGCAUGGCUUUUGUCAGCCGAUCUCCAUUCCGCUGUGCACGGACAUCGCCUACAACCAGACCAUCAUGCCCAACUUAGUGGGACACCACAACCAGGAGGACGCGGGGCUGGAGGUCCACCAGUUUUACCCGCUCGUGAAGGUACAAUGUUCGCCGGAGUUGAAAUUCUUCCUGUGCUCCAUGUACGCUCCCGUGUGCACGGUUCUGGAGAAGGCCAUUCCCCCCUGCAGGUCCAUCUGCGAAAGAGCCAAGCAGGGCUGCGAGGCUCUCAUGAACAAGUUUGGCUUUCAGUGGCCGGAUCGACUCCGCUGUGAGAACUUUCCUGUCCUGGGGGACGGACAGAUCUGCGUGGGGCAAAACGACUCUUCUUCUGCCACUGUGCCCCCCAUCGUGCCUGUCCAGGGCACCCAGGACAUCCCCAUGGUCUCCUCCUUUGAUAAGCUUUUCCGCUGUCCAUCUGUUCUCAAAGUUCCUCCCUAUUUGAAUUAUAAAUUCCUACAGGAAAAGGACUGUGCAGCUCCCUGUGAGACCUCGAGGAACGGGGGCAGCAUGUUUUUUAGUGAAAGAGAGAUUCAUUUUUCACGCUUAUGGAUUCUGGUUUGGUCUGUGCUUUGCUGUGCGUCAACAUUAUUCACAGUAACCACUUACUUGGUUGACAUGCAACGCUUCAGAUACCCUGAACGACCCAUUAUCUUCCUGUCUGGCUGCUACACAAUGGUAUCCAUCGCCUACAUAGCUGGCUACUUCCUUGGGGACAAGGUGGUGUGCAAUGACAGGUUUACCCCCGAUGGCUUUAAGACCAUUGUUCAAGGGACCAAAAAGGAAGGUUGCACCAUUCUCUUCAUGAUGCUCUAUUUCUUCAGUAUGGCCAGCUCCAUUUGGUGGGUCAUCCUAUCUCUCACUUGGUUCCUGGCAGCAGGUAUGAAGUGGGGCCAUGAGGCCAUAGAGGCCAACUCUCAGUAUUUUCACCUGGCUGCCUGGGCGGUUCCAGCCAUCAAGACGAUCAGUGUCCUGGCCAUCGGGCAGAUUGAAGGGGAUGUGCUAAGCGGCGUCUGCUUCGUGAGUCUCAGCAACCUGGACCCUCUGCGGGGAUUUGUGUUGGCCCCUCUCUUCAUUUACCUCUUCAUCGGCACCUCUUUCCUGCUGGCCGGCUUUGUGUCCCUGUUCAGAAUACGCACCAUCAUGAAACACGACGGCACCAAAACGGAGAAGCUGGAGCGACUUAUGGUGCGCAUCGGGGUGUUCAGUGUGCUCUACACCGUUCCGGCCACCAUCGUUAUCGCAUGCUUCUUCUAUGAACAGGCUUUCCGGCCCCACUGGGAGCGCAGCUGGAUCGGUCAUGACUGCAGGAGCUUGGCCAUUCCCUGCCCUUUGCAUGCCGGACCCCACAUGACCCCAGACUUCACCGUCUUCAUGAUUAAGUACCUGAUGACGCUGAUAGUGGGCAUUACAUCUGGUUUCUGGAUCUGGUCUGGAAAGACUCUGCACUCCUGGCAUAAGUUCUAUACGAGACUGACCAAUGGCAUACAGGGAGAAAUGACUAUAUCAGCAAGACAUUAUGGUAGUAACAGAAUGGAGAUCCCUCAACCUUGCCAGCAGAUCUCGGUGCUACUGUGUAAGGACCUGGCCUACAGCCAAACCAUCCUGCCCAAUUUAGUCGGACAGGACAGUCAAGAGGAGGCAGGCCUCGAGAUUCAGCGCUUUUACCCACUCAUUAAGGCACAGUGUUCGCCAGAAAUCAAACUGUUCCUGUGCUCCACGUAUUUACCGGUUUGCACUAUUUUGGAGACGGCAAUUCCUCCCUGCAGGGUAUUCUGCGAGAGAGUGAAGCAGGGCUGCGAGGCUGUCUUAAAAACGCUGGACUUUCAGUGGCCGGAUCGACUCCGCUGCGAGAACUUUCCUGCUCUGGAAGAUGGACAAAUCUGCGUGGGACACAACGCAUCCACCACUGUGCCCCCCACCGUGCCCCCCACUCAGCCAACCAUGUUUCUCCCACAGAUCCACAGGGCAAGCGAUGGGAACUCCAGCUCUUUCCAAUGA